AUGAGGUUUGCAUCGGUGGAUCAAAAUGCGGAUGUCGACCAGGAGAAUCUCGAUCGACCCCCAAUGACAAAUGCGUGGCAGUUACAUCGGUGCCCAUAG